UUCUUUUUCUAACGUGAAAAUAGAAAUAUACUCGCGAUUCGUUUCUUUCUCGCUUGUUUUUUUUAAAUGUCUUCAUCAGGUUGUUUCCUCUUGUGGUUCUAUAGGUCACAAGAGGAAAUAAAUUUUACUUUUAAUUCAAAAAAUUAAGAGAAAGGUCAAGAAAUAAAAAAAACAUUGUCUGCAGUCUAAUUAUUGUUUAAAUUAAUUUUAAAAAUUUAUAAAUAUACUGCCCUUAAAAUUAAUUAUUGUGUGUGUGUAAUUUUGAACGAUGACGAUAUUUUCUUCGAUGCAUUUGUUUAUCCCAAGUUUGUAUUUGAAUUUUCACAAAAAGAUUUGAUAUUAUUUGAGGCUAUGUCAGUCUUUUGCCAAUUUCCAUACAUACAUUUAUGUAUGUAGUUUUAUUUUUUUUCGAGUUGAAAAACUUUGCACGGAAACGAAAGUUUUUCAAUUUAGUUUUCUGGUGGUUGAAAACAAAAAAAUAGAAGAAAAAUAAUCUACUUGAGAUUGCUGACGCAUAAGAGUACGCGAAAAUUAAUCGAACAACGAUAUAAAAAAAUCCAAAUGAGCAAAAAAAAUCGAAACAACUGUUAAAAACGGGUGAAAUUUUAGGAAAAUAAAAAAGAUAUCCUAAUCCGAAAAUAAAUAGAGAUAUUUCAAUAACCUUGGUUUAAAAAACUUAUUUUCACGAUGACAACUCGAAGUACUUUAUCAAUUAGAAGUAAUUUAUCAAAUAGAAGUAAUUUAUCCUUACAUACCAUUGGAGGCACUUCUUUGAUAUCACAAGGAAGUGGUGAUGAAAUCAUGAUUAAAAAUACAUUUGCUAAUAAUUGUGAUAACAUGUAUACGGAAAUUCUAAUCCAAAUACUCAACAGCAAUAAUACAACUUCAGAAGACUUUCAAUCACAGCCAAUACCUAUAGAAAAUCUGAUGGAUUUGAUGAGAAAUGCAUUCAAUUUUUCAGUUGAAAAACAUAGUCAAUUGCUGAAUAUUGCAAUGUGUCGAAAAGGUCCAACAUUUUUAUUGAAUAUUGGAAUAAUCAAAGUUAAAGAUCUGCUGCCAAAAGAUUUUAAAGGUGUUUUGGGAUAUUUUAUAAAUCUCUACAUGCAAUCAAAUGUGGCAAUUCAAUAUCACACUUCGGCAAAGUACAUCACUUCCAAUCCAACUUGGGAUGAGUUCUUCUUUUUUCCGUUGCGUGGUGAUCCGAAAAAAGAAACACUUAUAGCUGAGGUUUGUAAACUACUCAAUCCUGACCAAGAAAAUAAUCAAAAAUCCAAUAUGCUUGGAGACUUUAAAAAUUAUUUUAAACUUAUUAGAAAACCUUCGGUUUCGAAAGCGUUUAAAGUGAUUGGAAGAACUGAAGUACCAUUAAAUUCAAUUGGUGGAUCGGGUGUCAGAGUUUGGUAUACUUUCAAAAAGGGUUUAAGAAACCCCCAAAAGCGAGGAUCAGUUUUGAUGCAAUUGGGGAUAAGUGUUGAGAAGGAAACUCGAAUUGUUGCUCAGGAACAUGAAGUUUUACUCAUGAGAUUGUUGAGAUACGAACAACAGAAAUCACCAAAUUCAGCUUUGUGGGAUGGAAAGUUAAGUGUUGAAGCUGAUGCCAUUAUAAGACAACACUAUCUACAAAGCGGUUUAUCCGAACACGAACAUUUGUUCAUGAAAUGGAUUGCCUACUCAUCAAUUCACGAAGAAAAUCACAUUUCCUUUGGUCUCUUACGAGCAACUUUGCAGGAAGUUAUAAAAAUAAUUCCAUAUAUCAGCGGCCCUGAAUGCGUUCAAGAGUUUUGGAACUCUAUUCAGGGAAUUCUUCCAUCAUGUUUUGAUGUCAUUUGGAAAAUUCGCAAUGACAUUUUCACCCAAAAACAAGGUAUUUUAAUGCUCAUUGAUGUCUUGGGUAUAUUUCAAGAAAUCGACUUGUUGAAUAUUCCCGAAGAUGUUGAAUUAUUGGCGAACUUGGAUUUAGGAUGGCUUGAUAAAUCCGAUGAUGAAAAUUCCAUUGAAAGUCUCAGUCAAGUGCUGAAUGAAUCCAUUCGAAGAUGUACUACGGAAUGGCUGCGUUCAGUUGUAGAAUUUUUUAAAAUCGAAAAUAAAGAUCCGGUUCAAAGGACCAUACAAAUUAUUCAGAAAUUGUGUUUUGACAUUAAACGUGCCAUAGACUUUCAUCAUACACAUUUUAUGGAAAUUAUGAAUAUAAAAUAUGCCAAUAUUCUUUAUGAAUGUUAUGUUAAGACUUUAAUUAGAAUAUGUAAGCCAACAAUACUUGAAGCUUGUAGGAAUCUUCCACCUUUACACGUGAUCGAUGUGAGUAAUUUUGCUGAGUUUUCGAAGGAUUCAGACUCAACUGGGACAGGUCAUAAGCAACUUUUUGAAAUAUACCUGGCUGUGAAAAGGUUAGUUUCACUUGGAAGUAAUUUAAACAAAUUAGACGAUGACGAAAUGGUCAACCUUGAAUAUCAUGAAUGGUUUUCACCGGUAGUACCAUUUUGGGUGGAAACAGCUAUUAAAAAUGCUCUAAUUGCAAUUAAAAAAUCAAUAGACUUGGAUGAAUUUAAGACAAUUGACGAACAUGUCCGUCAUAGUUCAUCAGCUUUGGAUACAUUGUCAAUUUUCUAUCAAAUAAAAGUCUUUUGGGAUCAAAUUGAUUGGCCAAAUACAGAAACUAUGUUUUUAUUUUUCGGAAGAAUUGUAGAUGGAAUUUGUAGAUGUUGUAUUUAUUAUGCUACAAACAUAUCUUCGAAAGUGUCAAAAUUCAAUAGAAAAGAUGAAAAUCUGUCAGAUUUUAAGAUUGCCAAUGAAUGGUGUAUUGCCACUUGCAACAUUAACGAAAUAACAAAUAAACUGUCAACUUUCGUAAAUAAUGAUAUGGGUGCUGAAAGUAUUAUUGAACAAAUCAAAGUGAACUUAAACCCACCUGAAGCUGAACGAUGUUCGAAAACUGUCAAAAAUAUAGUCUCGAACUGUCAAGAUAAUUUGGAAAAUGAAAUUAAAAUUCUUAUAGAAGCAAAAAAUAGUGAAAUUGUCAGUAUGAUUCAGGAUUUCAUACUUAUAAAUAUCGAAAACUUAAAUAAAGAUGUAAACUCAUUCGAACCAAUUUUCUUAUUCCUCGAUCGAAAUUUAUUCAUUCUUAAUACCGAAUUGUUUGAAAGUACUUUCGAGGCAAUGGUUGAGAAUCUUCAUCAAAGAUUACUGACUGUGUUGUACAAAAUAGCACAAAGCUGUACCGAAUCGUAUCGACCACCAUCAUUCUUUUGCAAUCUUCGAGAAGUUAUAAAUAUUAUGACAGUUUGUAUGAAUAACGAUCAAAAUUUACUUUCGAAAAAGAUAUCCACUCAAUUAAAGACUAUUCAUGAAUUUCUCGAGCUACAUGCUGCCAAAACUGAAACCUUAAUUCACAAAUACUACGAAGAAAUAUUACAAAAACAAAAAAAUAUUCCAACAUCCUCCUAUGGUCAACUUACCAUCAAAGCAAAUAUUUCGAGUUCGAAUAUUCUAAAUGUCAUAAUUUUAAAUGGUAAAAAUAUUCUACCUGACAGUUCGAAAAAAUACACAAAUUCCUAUGUCAAAAUGCAUUGUGUACCGGCUGAUAGAUUUUCCAGAGUGCCAACUCAAAAAACCGCUGUAAAAUCGAAAACAAUCUAUCCAUUAUUCGAUGAAGAAUUUAAAAUAAGUCUAUCAACUUCUCAACAAUUAUUAAAUGAUAAUAUAUUAAUUUUUAUUGUUAAAUCAAAAGAUCUCUUUCGAAUGUCAAAUAAAUAUCUAUCUGAGUGCUAUCUGUCAUUUGAAGAUAUUCGAAAAUCCAAUGGCGAACAAAUACAUUUGAAUCUUUUUCGACCAGAAUGUGGAGAUUUAAAUUCGGAUAUUAUUUGUGAAUUGGAAUAUAGAAAAUUUUAUGAUAGGACAGCACAAUAUUUUAUUAAUAAAUUAACAGAGAAGAAUUUUUGUAAGUAGUGGAAUUAUAAGUAAAAUUUAAAUUAAAAUAAUUAAUGUUCAUUAAAGCUCAGGUAGAAUUUUGUUAUAGUGAUUUAAGAAAACAAAAAGAAGAAAAAUAGAAAUUAAGUUAAAAGCCAAUGCAUGUAUAUUUUAAUAAUCUUAAAUUUUAUAGUUACUUUUAAAAAUAUUGAAAAA